AGAAAAGAUUGCCAUACUUGAAUCUGUACCAUCAAAAUGACAAAAUGGGUCUAUAAUAAACAAUAGGUUACUGGCUUCAUAUGCCUACAACAUCAAUUGCAGUGCACAACAGGCAAGUUAUUUAUGAAAUGGGCCUUUUGAAAAUAUAUAGCUCUGACUCUCCGCGCCGCCGGUGCCCAGCGCGCUCCUCCGCUCCGCGCAGCCACUGUUGACGUGCUGCGCUGCGGCCUGGCCUGCGAGCGCUGCAGGUGGAUCCUGCCGCUGCUCCUGCUCAGCGCCAUCGCCUUCGACAUCAUCGCGCUGUCUGGCCGCGGCUGGCUGCAAUCCAGCGACCACGUCCAGACGUCCUCGCUGUGGUGGAGAUGCUUCCAUGAGGGCGGCGGCAGCGGGUCCUACGAUGAUGGCUGCCAGAGCCUGAUGGACUUCGCAUGGGGAAGAGCAGCCGCCGCCACGCUCUUCUGUGGCUUUAUCAUCCUGGUGAUCUGCUUCAUCUUGUCCUUCUUUGCGGUCUGUGGACCCCAGAUGCUUGUCUUCCUGAGAGUGAUCGGAGGCCUGCUGGCCCUGGCUGCUGUGUUCCAGAUCAUCUCACUGAUAAUUUACCCUGUGAAGUACACGCAGACCUUUAACCUUCACGCCAACCCCGCUGUCACCUACAUCUAUAACUGGGCCUACGGCUUUGGGUGGGCAGCCACCAUUAUCCUGAUCGGUUGCUUCUUCUUCUUUUGCUGCCUCCCCAACUACCAAGACGACUUUCUGGGCAACGCCAAGCCCAGGUACUUCUACCCACCCGCCUAACAUGGGAGCCAGAGCGGAAGAAAAUCAUCGCUGUCAAAUGGUUUCCAGAGAACGAAACUGUUUCCUCCAGCCUACUUUGUAUCUAUGUUUUGGCAGUGUUCUUAAUAGUAAAUAGUCAGAAAUGCUAAAAUAAUUUAGGAGAAAAUGUUAAUUAGUGUUACAGUUUCACAUUCACCUUUUAUAUAUGUGUGGAGUU